CUGACCGAGCAGGUUUAGGCCUCUUGCUCCAGCAGCCUGAGUGGCAGCGAGGGGGCCUGGUCCUUACAGCCUGAGGCCUUACACGUGUGUCUUUUCAUUGAGGUGAAUCUGAUUAAUGAGCCCCUGGUGGUAUUUGUUUGUGCAACUGCAGGCCAAGGAGAACCCCCCGACAACAUGAAGGGCUGUGUAUGGAUCAGGUGGUCUAUGUGUGUAUUUCAAAACCAGGACUUUACCAGAACAUUCUUCAGUUCCUUCAACAUUCUUGAGCAGACACUGUAUUCCAAGCGUGAUCUAGGGCUGGGCAUCCAGCCAUGAACCUAUUUCUGUCCUCGUGGAGCUCACAAUAGAGCAAAAGCAACAACUUUCACAGGCAGUUACGAUACUAGGAGAUACAUGCUGCCAGGGAAAGUGCCAGAUGCCAUGGGGCAUUAAUACAAACUUUCUAGCCCAACCUGGGGCCUUAGGGAGAGCUUUCUGGAAGGAAGGCUUGUAGGGCUAAGACUUGAGGGGGAAGUGGGGCUGGCCUGUGCAGAGGAGAAAGACUACGUCUGGGAAGACCAGGAAGCAUUUCAGUGUGACAGUGCCAAGGAGAGCACGACGGUGGGAGGAGAGAAGGGACGCAGGAGGCCAGGCCUGGCCCCAAGCAGCCCAGCAGCCACAGUAAGGUGGACGACUCGAGGUGAGGAGCCAUGCAAUCCACUGUGUGAUUCAGGCACAUUUGUAUUCCAGCAAAACUGCCACUUGCUAAUGGGGAGGGCAGGGUACAGGAGAGCAAGAACCCCAGAGAAUGCACCCUGCGGGCAGUAGGCUGGUGGCCUGAGCCAGGAUGAUGUCAGGCCGUGGAAAAAUAGAUGUGUUCCUAAGAUGUUAGGUAGAACCCAGAGAGCAUGGAAUCAGGUUCAGGCUGGAGGACCAGAAUGGAUGGCAGUUCCGUGCACAGAGGGACCAGGAAGGCCAAGUGCUAGAAGUUGUCCAGGUGGAGAUGCAGGGUUCGUGUGGAGAUCUAGCAAGGAUCUUGGGUGAGGCGUGAGCCAGGACACACCUUCUCCUGGGACAAGGUGCCCUGAGCACCAAGGCUGUGAGAGGUGGAGGAGGACAGGGCAGGAAAGCGGCCCCCACACAGUCAAGAGGGUCAGGGGCACAGAAGUGACUUGUGAGAAGAAGGUUUGCAGCACCCAAAUCUGCACAGAAAUGAAGUGAGAGAAGGCAUGAGCGGCACUAGUCGGGUUUAUCAACAAAGGGACUGUGAUCGUGACCGUGGGGAAAACAGUUUCAGCAACUCACAGGGAGUGAAGAGGGUCACAGGCUCAACCAGUGAGUGAGUGUAGAAAAUCUGCAUUGAACCAACUGGUGCCUGGCGGACUCAGUCCAUUAGGCAUCCAACUUGAUCUCAGCUGAGGUCACAGCCUCAGGGUCUUGAAUUCAAGCUCCAUGCCCAGUGUGGAACUUACCAAAAAAAAAAAAAAAAAAAAGAUUCUGGCUGUGAAUGGGGCUAAGGGGUUGGAAAGAAAGUAUUACUAAGAUAAGAGAGAGCUGUUAUAUACUGGGAGGGGAGGUGCAGAGCCCGGGGGCAGCCAGAGGCUUAAGAUUAAAGAGCAAGGUCACUGUAGGGACAGAGUAGGACACCUGGGGCUGAGACCCUAGCACAGUCAGGAGGGGUCUCCCUAGACAGGAAGAGGCACAGGAGAGGAGGCAAAUGUGAGGGGAUCAGACAAGGGUGAAGGGUGGGUGCCCAGGACACAGGGCCUGGGAGGGGAAAGGAGACAGAGUUUGCUGAGGUGAGCUGGGCUGGGGUACAGGCUGGAUGUCAGCAGGAGGGGGCGAAGGUCAUCCCCGGAUGACUGCAGGCAUAGACACCACCAUGGGAGUGGUCAGCAGGGGGCCCUCCCCAACCAGAGCAGGGCCUGGAGGCUCCUUGGAGAAGCUGCAGACUGAGGUCCCAGGGACAUGGAGGAGGGGGCAUGACGCCUGCUGAAGACCCGGUUUAGUGACCAGCUGCACAGAGGGGACCCCUCUGUAGGGAAAGGAAGUCACCAGAGUGGAAGACCCGGCAGGAUCCUGGCUGGAAGAUCUAUGUGGGUGACAGGCCUGAGCUCAUGGUUUCCCGUCAACUUCUUAACUACAAAUAGGCCACAAAGAACCACCACAGCCUCAGAAAGACAUCACUGCAAGAAACCCAGAUAUAACCUGGGGGAGCAGGGACGGAGCAGGCCCCCCAGAACUUGGCAUCCAUGGGACAAGAACACAAAACAGCAUGAAACCAGAAGCAGAGGAAAUGCUUGGGAAAAUUUGAAAAGAUGAGAGUGACGUUGAAACAUCCUGGCAAGUCUGGUAAAAAAAUGUUCUAGGAAACAAAUCAAAUCAAAACCCCGAGAUCAAAACAAAACCCCGAGAUCAUUUUCAGAACUGUAACCUUCACAUGUGGGCCAUGGAGUGGGGAGAGAUCAUCCUGGGGCGGGAGGGGCCCACCUAUAAGGGAAGGCUCCAGCCAAGGCACGAUGUGCUGGCUUGCAGCUCUUGGGGACAGAGCAGGACACAGGGACACUGGCUUCUCGGCACCAGUGGCCUGGCUGGACCGGCUUGGGGCAAGGCCUCAAGCUCCUUGGGAAGGCAGCUCCCUGUGGAAGCAACCUGCCAGUCACUGUGAAGGGUGGACCUGGGCAUUUGCGGCUGAAGAGUGGUGGGAAGUACCAUCACUGGGCCUCUGCAGGGGGAGUGUGCAGGGGUCCGUGGAGGGGGGGCAAGUGUCCCCAGCGGUGGCUGAAGCAGCACAGUCCUAGGGUGGCGAGGGGGCAAAGCAGCACCCCGACAGGGCCCCUGUCUAUAGAGAUCUAAAGCAGAGAGGAGGCGGUGUACAGCUAAUGUCCUGAAUGGCACUCAGGUUGUCACGGGCUGAAGGUGAUGGAGAACCGUGUUGGAAAAGUGCGUCGGAGGCUGGGGCCCAGCGCCGCCUAGGACGUGCUCCGUGAGGGCCCCUGGGUGGAAAGAACUUCUGGAGGUUCAUAUUCCGGAAGAACCUGCCAUCAACCUCCCUCUGUCAGAUGGACUUCGCUGUCUUGGGCCUCGGGGACUCCUCUUAUGCCAAGUUCAACUUUGUGGCCAAGAAGCUGUACCGUCGGCUGCUGCAGCUUGGGGGCAGUGCCCUCCUGCCUCUGUGCCUGGGCGAUGACCAGCACGAGCUGGGGCCUGAUGCAGCUGUGGACCCCUGGCUGCACGAUCUGUGGGAGAAGGUGCUGUGGCUGUACCCCGUGCCCCCUGACCUUGGCGUGAUCCCCACCGGAGUCCCUUUGCCCUCCACGUUCAGCCUGCACUUCCUUCUGGAGGCCCCCAGGAUGUGCUCUGAGGAGCAGCAUGGGGCUAGCACAGAUCCUCAAGGCCCCCCUUCAGAGCAGCAGCCCUUCCUGGCACCCAUGGUCACCAACCAGAGGGUCACUGGCCCCUCACACUUCCAAGAUGUUCGGCUGAUCGAGUUUGACAUCACGGGGUCCGGGCUCAGCUUUACAGCAGGUGAUGUGGUGCUAAUCCAGCCCAAGAACCGGGCCAGCGACCUCUGGCGGUUCUGCCAGGCACUGGGCCUGGACCCUGACCAGUACUUCACCCUGCAGCCCCGGGAGCCAGGCGUACCCUGCCCUGCACAACUCCCCCAGCCCUGCUCGGUGAGGCACCUGGUGGCCCACUACCUGGACAUUGCCAGCGUGCCCCGCCGCUCCUUCUUCGAGCUCCUGGCCUGUCUGUCUCCCCAUGAGCUGGAGCGGGAGAAGCUGCUGCAGCUCAGUUCCCCCCAAGGUCAGGAGGAGCUGUAUUCGUACUGCAACCGGCCUCGAAGGACCAUCCUGGAGGUGUUGUGUGACUUCCCGCACACGGCAGGAGCCAUCCCUGCAGACUACCUCCUGGACCUCAUCCCCCUGAUCCGCCCACGGGCCUUCUCCAUCGCCUCUUCUCUGCUGGCUCACCCCUUGAGGCUGCAGAUCCUCGUGGCUGUGGUACAGUACCAGACCCGCCUCAAGGAGCCUCGCCGGGGCCUCUGCUCCUCCUGGCUGGCGUCUCUGGAUCCUGGGCAAGGACCUGUCUAUGUGCCCCUGUGGGUGCGGCCGGGGGGCCUGACCUUCCCAGAGACCCCAGACACACCUGUCAUUAUGGUGGGCCCUGGCACCGGCGUGGCCCCUUUCCGAGCAGCCAUCCAGGAACGAGUGGCCCGGGAUCAGACUGGAAACUUUUUGUUCUUUGGCUGCCGCUGGCGGGACCAGGACUUCUACUGGGAGGCGGAGUGGCUGCAGCUGGAGAGGAAGGGCUGCCUGAUGCUCUUCACAGCCUUCUCCCGGGAGCAGGAGCGGAAGAUAUAUGUGCAGCACCGGCUCCGCGAGCUCGGGCCAUUGGUGUGGGACCUGCUGGACCGCCAGGGCGCCUACUUCUAUCUGGCAGGCAACGCCAAGUGCAUGCCAGCAGAUGUGUCGGAAGCCCUAGCGUCCGUCUUCCAGGAGGAGGGGGGGCUCUCUGGCCCUGAUGCCGCUAACUACCUUGCCAGACUCCAGCGGACACUGCGCUUCCAGAGUGAGACGUGGGCCUGAAGAGUUUUCCUGCUGACCUCAGCCACUCUAGCCACUGCUCCCUGCCGGGGGGGGGGGGGGGGGCACCAUCACCUCCCAACUUGUCCCCUGUGCAGCCUCGCUCUCCAGUCAACCUGGGGUCCUCUACUCAGCCCUGACACACCACUGCCCAUUCACCACCCGACCCUGCCCCUGUCCAGGGUUCCAGCCUACCUCUUGCCUUUCCCACUGGCCCCAACUUGGGUCCUGGUCAGGGUAGUCCCUGGGUUCCCCCCUGCACAGGACAGUGGCUGAGAAAGGACCCGGGAGCCUGGGGAGCCUUAGGAGGUGGGACGGGGUCUUGAGGAGUGCCACACGCCACCGCUCUUUGCCUUAGGAGACCACAGGUUCCCAGUCACCCUGUGCCACAUCUGUGUGCCCUGCCACAAAGUGCAUGGCUUGGGCUCAGGCUGGAGGUCAGCAAGGACCAGAGCCCCAGGGGGAGGAGGCCCCCAGCCAGCACAGGCUCUCCCUGCCUCCAUCUUGGAAAGCCUCAGUAAUAAAUUGUGGGCUCUGCGUGGCA